CCCCCCUCUCCUUCUCCUCCCUUCCUCCCCUCCAACAUGUCGGCGCCGGCGGCCAAAGUCAGCAAGAAGGAGCUCAACUCCAACCACGACGGGGCCGACGAGAUCUCAGACAAAGAGCAACAGGAAGCAAUUGAACAUAUUGAUGAAGUACAGAAUGAAAUAGACAGACUGAAUGAACAAGCCAGUGAGGAAAUUUUGAAAGUAGAACAGAAAUACAACAAACUCCGCCAACCAUUCUUCCAGAAGAGGUCAGAAUUGAUCGCCAAAAUCCCAAAUUUUUGGGUAACAACAUUUGUCAACCACCCACAAGGUAAGUUAUCUGCACUGUUGGGGGAAGAAGAUGAAGAAGCACUGCAUUAUUUGACCAGAGUUGAGGUGACGGAGUUUGAAGACAUCAAAUCAGGUUACAGAAUAGAUUUUUAUUUUGAUGAAAAUCCAUAUUUUGAAAAUAAGAUGCUCUCCAAAGAGUUUCACCUGAAUGAGAGUGGGGACCCGUCAUCAAAAUCCAGUGAAAUCAAGUGGAAAUCUGGGAAGGAUCUGACAAAGCGUUCAAGCCAGACACAGAACAAGGCCAGCAGAAAGAGGCAGCAUGAAGAACCAGAGAGCUUCUUCACCUGGUUCACUGACCAUUCUGAUGCAGGAGCUGAUGAGCUAGGCGAGGUCAUUAAAGAUGACAUCUGGCCAAAUCCAUUGCAGUACUAUUUGGUUCCUGAUAUGGAUGACGAAGAAGGUGAAGGAGAGGAGGACGACGAUGAUGAUGAAGAGGAGGAAGGACUGGAGGACAUAGAUGAGGAAGGUGAUGAAGAUGAGGGUGAAGAAGAUGAAGAUGAUGAGGAGGGUGAAGAAGGAGAGGAGGAUGAAGGAGAAGAUGACUGAACACUGAUGGAUUCCAACCACCCUCUAUCCCCCUCCUCUCUUUUUUUCCCCCCUCCAGUCCCUGGGAGCAAGUUACCGUCUAUUUCCCCCCUCCUUUUGUGCUCAGUCGCCUUGUUCUCUUGAGGUCUUUUUUUUCCUCUCUUCACCAUGGUUCACAAAUUUUUGGAGAAAAUAUCUUGAGCAGAAUACAGUGGAAAAGAAUCUCUACUCAUUUCAAUUUUUUUAUCCCUCUGUUUUGAACAAACUGUUAAAUGAAAUCAACACGCCGUGUUCUGUGGGGAAGAAAGAGAACCUUCUGCUCCCUCCACUCUGCUGGAAGCUGAAGAGUGCUAGGCCCCUGUGUAGUAGUGCAUAGAAUCUAGCUUUUUCCUUCUUUCUCUGUAUAUUGGGCUCGGAGAUUACAUUGUGUCUCUAUGUGAAUAUGGACAGUUAGCAUUUACCAACAUGUAUCUGUCUACUCUCUUGUUUAAAAAAAAAACGAAAAAGCUAAAAAAAGGGGUUAUAGACAGGGUAAGAGAGGGUGGGUUUCAGAUGUUGGGUGGGUUAAGUGGGCAUUUUGACAAAACAUGGCUUCUCCUUUGGCAUGUUUAAUUGUGAUGUUUGAACAAACAUCCUUACAGUUUAAAGAUGACACUUUUAAAAUAAAAAUUCUCUCCUAAUGAUGACUUUUGAGCCCUGCCACUUGAUGGAGAAUCAGCAGAACCUGUAGGAUCUUAUUUGGAAUUGACAUUCUCUAUUGUAAUUUUGUUCUUUGUUUUGUUUUUUCAAUUUUUUUUUGUUUCACUGGAAAAGAAAGAUGCUCAGUUUUAAACGUUAAAAAGUGUACAAGUUGCUUUGUUACAAUAAAACUUAAUGUGUA